GUAUCUUCUCUUCCCAAAUUGUCCAUUUUGGGGGACACUCUGAGCGUCAAUUAGGGAGACAUUACUGUAUAUCGUUGGAGAACGGAGAGAUGGGGGGGGGGCGGUUCGCGCCGUUUUCAGAGAACUUUGAUAACGCUGUGUGUUGUGAAUUAACUGUUAAAUGGUACUUUAACAUAUCCGAAUAAGUUUCUUUCGUUUUAUAUGCGUUAGACUCGUAAUCGAGGAGAGAGAGAGAGAGAGAGAGAGAGAGAGAGAGAGAGAGAGAGAGAGAGAGAGAGAGAGAGAGGGAGAGCGAUCGAUAAAGUGGCCCGAGAUAUCCGCGAGGGGACAAGAAUAAUAAUAAUAAUAAUAAUAAUAACAAUAAUAAUAAUAAUAGUAAUAAUAACAAUAAUAAUAGUAAUAAUAAUAAUAAUAAUAAUAGUAAUAAUAAUAAUAAUAGUAAUAAUAAUGAUUCGAUUCCUCGAUAUAUACGCCAUUUAAGGGUAAACUUAUGUUCCCAAGUCAAUGGUUAACUUCGUCCUUUCCCUUUAGGAUCGGUGAUUCGUUGUUUAGAAACGACGACUAUUUUCUACGUUUUCGAGCGCGUUCUUUUUUAAAUCGGACAGCGCGUACUUUUGCACGUUUUAUGACCGCGCGUACGAACGUUUUCACCGUCCGUUGUCGAAAACGGAAACUCAAAUCGUAGUCCCAUUUUAAACGCUAGAACACACAGCCGGUUUUUCCUACCUGUUUGAUAUCGAAGUGGUUGUAUGGUAGAGUAUCUAUCGAUUAAGCAUGCGUUCGCAGUCUCUUUUCCUAUAGAAAUUGUUCGAGACUACAACAAUAAGUAAUCCACAGUUUUUAGACACCGUAAUAUAAUAGUUGUAAUUACGAGAUUUAGUACUCGCCGCGAUCGAUCGUGGCGGCGGAUCGAUUUCCGCACGCGCGAUGAUCCACGGAUCGGUGAUCCGAUCGCUCGACCAGAUCCGACGAAGGUGUGAUUUUCACUCGAAAAAUAAGAAAAGAAAGAAAGAAAGAAAAAGAGAUCAGUUCGCCGCUGACACGUUCCUUCAACAUGUAGAUACGUUUAUUAUCGAUUGUAAAUAAUUCACAAAUAUUUAUAACAGUUAUAGCCGGGAAAAUUUCAAAGAAAAUCGCAUUGUUCAACGCGCUUCUGGAAUUCUGGAAAUUUAAGGGCUCUCUCGCCGAUCCGUGGAUCGCCGCGAUUUAGUCGCGCAGCGAUCGUCAGAGAAUCGUUUCAUCGCUAAUUCAUUAUAAUUGUCAGGGCAGUGGGGGAGGGGGGGAAUCCAAGGGGAAUCGUACUUGUUGUUAACGUUAGAACGAGGCAAACGCGCGUGUCGCUUUGCGUCGCGAUGCAGCACGAUGGUCUAGUCUGUCGCCGUCGAACCGAUUCGACGGAUCCGUAGAUCGAUCGAGAUCGAGGAACUAAUAAUAAUAAUACUGCGCGGCGAUUAAGUGUCCCUGUCCAACGAUGUUCGGCAGCCGAUUGCUUUUUAAAUAAAAAUACCUGUGUACAUAUAUCCGAGCAGCUGAUCGAAUUCUUCGCGAAACAGUCUCUCUCUCAUCACCGCCUUUCAUUUCGUUCCGUUCUCCGUUCCGUCCUGGACCGUUUACGGGAAGGAACCCCGCGGUCGUUACGCCGCCCAAACUAAUUGGCUCUCGAUCGUUUGUUUCAGACACGUUUCAUUUCUACGAGACCACCGGCCCCACGGUGCCGGACAGCCGGAUGCGGUUGCCGUUGGACCCGUUUCAUGGCGUCAGGAACGAAGAGGCGGACGCCGAGGCGCGGAGAAGCCGGUACACGGGCGACUACUUCGAGGACGAGGAGGAGGAGGAAGACGAGGAGGAUCUCGAGCAAAUCACGAAGAGUGGCACGGUCGACGACGCGUGGCCGGCGGAGAAACGCCGCGAGUACAAGUAUUCCUGCUUCAGGUGAACUGAUCGUUUGGGAGGAUUAUCAGGUAUUCGAUCCGUACGCGGCGGCCGAGCCGGCGGAGUUCCGGCCGGAUAGAUACGACGAGGCUUACUUCGCCGGCGAACGGGACCCGUUGGGCCUGUUCGAGAAGGGCGCGGCGCCCGGCGCGGGAAGAUACACGUGCGACAGGUGCUCGAAAUCUUAUCGCUGGAAGCACCACCUGGUCGAGCACGUGAGGACGUUCUGCUGGCAAAAGAAGGCCGAGUGCUGUCCGUACUGCCAUUACAGGACCAACCGAAAGUGGAACCUCAAGUGCCACAUGAAGAGGAUCCACGCGGGCGUUUAGGACGACGAAAUCCAUCCCCCCCGCUGCUGACUCCGGAUCCCCGACGAUGGAAACCGCGACGACGCUCGCGAGAAGAAUCGUUUCCGAAUCCGGGUUGCUCGCUCGGACCGCUCGAUCGACGCUCUCUGUUGUUAUUCGUCCAACGGUGUAACAAUAUAUACGAUCGUUUCUAGCUAUUCCUUCCUGUUUUCUUCGGCCCCCGGCGCGAGACCCGAAACGAGCCCGAAGCGUCGUGUCCCGCGCCGCUUGCUCUCUCGGCGACGCGUCUCUGUCGCGUUUUCGUUUACCAAUUUCACCAAGUGGGGAGCUCCGUCGCGCGACCACGCGCCCGACGAUAAUAACGAGGAACUCCUGUUGCAGGACCGUACUGCCUGGACGGAGGAUCGAGGUCUUUCAGGAGAAGAUACGAGAAGUGCGAGCUGGAGCACGUCCGCAGGGCCGUCGAGGCGGUCGCGAACGGGCUGUCGCUGAGGAAGGCGGCGACCAUCUUCCGCAUAUCCAAGUCCGUUCUUCAUCGGUACAGCAAGCAAGGGAUCCCGGUUCUCAUGGAGAAACUGUCGCAGAAGGGUCUCGGCUCGUACACGAUCGACUGAGAGGGGCCUCGUCCCCCUCCCCGACGACGAUAACUUCGAGCAUUUCGAACGCAUCUGUGAUAUUGUUCAGACGAUUGUCCGGUUCAGUCGUGAGAGCGCGCGUGUAAGAUGAUUGUAAAUAAAGCUACGACGACAACAACA